AUGUCGGCGGACUAUGAGCUUCGCAGCUAUGAGCGCAAGAGCGGCUCUUCGCCGCCGCUACCUGGAACUCUGGAGGAGCCGCUACUGCUUCUCUUGGAGCAGUUCGGACCAGACUUCCCAAACUAUUUUGGUCCAGCGAUGCGAAAAGUUCUCUUCUCCGAGCGAGAUGCAGCGGAUCCUUUCAGCGAUUGCGCAGUGUUCGGCAGCUAUGCCGUUCCGACUUCGGAAGCGCACCCCUUUGCAGCGCACUGCAACGUGUGGAUCAACGUGAAAUCCAAGGUAGGUCUCUUUGGUUUCGUGAUCACGCAUCCGGACCAUCGGGGCAGAGGCCUUGCCCGGAAAGUCUGUGAGGACGUCAUGCGACAGCACGAUGCAAAGUUCCCCAAAUCCUUGCUGCUUCUCGGAACUGGCAGUGCUGCUGCCGCGAAGAUCUACCAGAGCCUCGGUUUCGCACACCUCUGCGGUGGCUUUGACAAUGGCCUGAAGGGCUACAACCCGAAUGACCUGGGUGAGUGGAUCCUGGCACGCCGCCGCGAGCUUACAGAUCCGCAUGGCACCGAGACUGCUGCCGAGUGUUUCCGCUGGGAGAAGUUUACCUACGCCCACUGGCCUGACUGCUGCUACCUCCUCACCGCGGACGGCGACGCCGCGCCGGAUCGGAAGCUCAAAGCUUUUGGUCCGCUCACGUCAGAGGAGGGCUUCCUGCAGCAUGCGGAGUCCACAGCGGUCCUGGUUCACGCUUCCACGCAGCGAGUGGUGGGUGUGAGGGUUGGAAACGGGGAUGACUGCUAUUUGCUGCAGUCCGUCAUUGGAAGCGAAGAGCUCUGCGAGCAGCUACGAGCUCAAGAAGCUUCAUCAAGCUGCUCGUUACUGUAG